GCAAAGCGUGUAGGGCGCGCGUUGCAUCUCAUGGCGCGGAUCCAUGCGCAGUAUGAGGCUCAGUACCAGGCGGUAAAUAUCAGCGCUCCUCAUGUAAAAUAGAAGCCACUCCUCUCCGCACGAGGGAUAUUUUGUCGCAAGGAGCCAGGGCUGUUCUGGCUCGAGCUACAGUCUGAACUGGAAGAGCUUCGGGAAUAACAGAAUCCAUCAUGAAUCCCAUGUCCCAUCUCUACUAUAAGAAGUCCAGCUACUCUCCGUAUCGGGACCGGAUCCCUCUGCACAUCGUGCGGGCGGAGGUGGAGCUCUCUCAGGAAGAGCGAGCGUUCCUGCUGGCCGUGGAGAAGGGAGACUACGCCGGGGUCAAGCAUGCGCUGCAGGAAGCGGAGGUCUACUACAACAUUGAUGUGAACUGUGUGGAUCCGCUGGGUCGCAGUGCUCUGCUGAUUGCAAUAGAGAAUGAGAACCUGGAGGUGAUGGAGCUGCUGCUGGACCACGGAGUCAACACUGGAGAUGCUCUGCUCUACGCCAUACGGAAGGAGGUGGUGGGAGCGGUGGAGUUACUGUUAUCUCACAGACGGCCGAGUGGAGAAAAACAGGUACCCUCUCUAAUGAUGGACGCCCAGUUUUCAGAGUUUACGCCUGAUAUCACUCCCAUCAUGCUAGCUGCCCAUACUAACAACUAUGAGAUCAUUAAGCUGCUGGUCCAGCACAAAGUGACCAUUCCCAGACCGCAUCAGAUCCGCUGUGACUGUGUUGAGUGUGUCUCCAGCUCUGAGGUGGACAGUCUGCGUCAUUCCCGCUCCCGUCUCAACAUCUACAAAGCCCUGGCCAGUCCUUCACUGAUCGCCCUGUCCAGCGAGGACCCCAUCCUCACCGCGUUUAGACUGGGCUGGGAGCUGAAGGAGCUCAGCAAGGUGGAGAACGAGUUCCGGCAGGAGUACGAGGAGCUCUCGCAGCAGUGCAAACGCUUUGCCAAAGAUCUUCUGGACCAGGCGCGAAGCUCCCGUGAACUGGAGACCAUCCUGAAUCACCGUGAUGACCAGAGCGAGGAGCUGGACCCGCGGGAAUGCAGAGACCUGGCCAAGCUAAAGCUGGCCAUCAAAUAUCACCAGAAAGAGUUUGUGUCUCAGCCGAAUUGUCAGCAGCUGUUGGCUACACUCUGGUACGAUGGCUUCCCGGGAUGGCGUCGCCGGCACUGGGCCGUGAAGCUGGUCAUGUGCAUCAUCAUCGGCCUUCUCUUCCCAGUGUUUUCCAUUAUCUACCUGCUGGCUCCUCGGAGCUCACUGGGAUUCUUCAUUAAGAAGCCUUUCAUCAAAUUCAUCUGCCAUACUGCCUCUUACCUUACCUUCCUCUUCCUCCUACUCCUCGCCUCCCAGCACAUCGCACGCACCAACCUCCACAUGCAGGGCCCACCGCCUACUGUAGUGGAGUGGAUGAUACUGCCCUGGGUGUUAGGGUUUAUCUGGGCUGAAAUUAAGGAGAUGUGGGAUGGAGGUUUCACUGAAUACGUUCAUGACUGGUGGAAUCUCAUGGACUUCGCUAUGAACUCACUUUACUUAGCAACCAUUUCUCUGAAGAUGGUUGCUUAUGUCAAGUAUAACAGCUCUCGUCCUCGUGAGGAGUGGGAGAUGUGGCAUCCGACACUGAUGGCAGAGGCUCUGUUCGCCAUCGCCAACAUCUUCAGCUCCCUGCGGCUGAUCUCGCUCUUCACCGCCAACUCUCACCUGGGUCCGCUGCAGAUCUCUCUCGGCCGGAUGCUCCUCGACAUCCUCAAGUUCCUCUUCAUCUACUGCCUGGUGCUGCUGGCCUUCGCCAACGGCCUCAACCAGCUCUACUUCUACUACGAGACGCAGGCUGCAGACGAGCCCAACCACUGCAAGGGUAUCCGCUGCGAAAAACAGAACAACGCCUUCUCCACGCUAUUCGAGACCCUCCAGUCUCUGUUCUGGUCCAUAUUUGGGCUGCUGAAUCUUUACGUCACUAACGUGAAGGCGAGGCAUGAGUUCACUGAGUUUGUUGGAGCGACCAUGUUCGGCACCUACAACGUGAUUUCUCUGGUCGUGCUGCUCAACAUGCUCAUCGCUAUGAUGAACAACUCCUACCAGCUUAUCGCUGACCAUGCAGACAUUGAGUGGAAGUUUGCCAGGACGAAGCUGUGGAUGAGUUAUUUUGAUGAGGGCGGGACACUUCCUCCACCAUUCAACAUCGUUCCCAGCCCAAAGUCAGCCUGGUACCUCUGCUGCUGGCUCCACAGGUGGCUGUGCUGGAGAGGUGAUGCUCCACACAGCGAGAAACAUGAGAACCUCAAGGAUUUAACAGAAAAACAUGCCGACAGGAUUAUUCAGAAUAAACACUAUCAGGAGGUGAUUCGUAGUCUGGUGAAGAGGUAUGUAGCAGCUAUGAUCCGCAGUGCAAAGACAAACGAAGGAUUAACAGAGGAGAACUUUAAGGAGCUGAAGCAGGACAUUUCUAGUUUUCGUUAUGAAGUUAUGGACCUCCUCGGAAACCGAAAGCCGCCACGCCGCACGUACUCUUCGAGUAGCGAGGCCACGCUUCGAGACGAGGGCAGCGACGACGGCCACAGCGACGGUAGCAAAGCCAAGAUCAAAACAGCUCCGGGUGCCGGUUCCCCGUACGGAGUCUCGGCUCUCUUCCACUCCCUCUCUGGAAUGGAGUUCCCCACGUCCACCACAGCAAUAAGUACCUCCCACAGGGAGGACAGACCAAAGAUCAACGGGCUGAGGAAAAACCCCUCGCCCUGCUCUUCCACUUCCUCAGUGACUGCGGCCGGGCCGGCCCUCUCCAGAACGUGGAGCAGGUUCACGCGCUUCUCGGGCUCCAAGAAGACCUCCUUCAGACGGCUGGGGCUGCUGUUCUCCCGCAUGGGCAGUCACCUUCCCCAGCCUGCUGGCGUUACUUCCGCCACCUACACCAUCUCAGACGGACUUCUCCAGCCUCCAGGAGCCUGGAGAGACCUGGGCAUCUCCCGUGGCGAUGGUCCCGUCACCCGCAGCGAGACCAGCCUCAAUCACGCAGAUACGCCCGCCGCCGACUCUGUCAGUGUUCCCACCUCCACAAACAGACAGAGAACCAAUGGGAGGGACAUUCUGUUGACUUUAGGGCCCCUGGCUCCUCCUCCUUCCCUGCACUGUGCUUCCAGUUUUUCUGCCUCCAGUUCCCGUCUCCUGGACUCGAGUGAGGACGUGUUUCAGGGAUUAGUUGGGCCUUACGAUGGACACGUGCCGGACGCCUCCGACCGCGGGGCGGAGCAUGACGACUCAGUGACCACACAGUUAUAGUAUUGCAAGCAUGCACUGUGGUGAAUGCACUUUAAUUACUACAAUAAUAUUUGAUGAUAACAAUAACAGUGACCUUUCUAUUAACUACAGAAUCUUUUUUAUUUGAUCUGCUGGGAAUAUUUUUCUCAUUUUCAGUCAGAUUCAAAGCAAAUGCAGGCAUUUUGAAUUUAUAUGUGUGGCUUGUGGAAAAGUGAAGACAUUUUUAGGAAACUGUAUUAUUCUUCUAUCAAAUAUGAACAGCUUGAGAAUUCAAAGGUUACAGACAGUUUAAGAUCAUAAAGGGGUCAAAGAAUGAAAGAGUGUUACAGCCAGAAGACUUUAAACUGUUAACAAUAACUGUGUGAGCAACCCUAUCAUAUUACAGCACUACUUGCAAGUAAUAAAGCACUGAAUGUUACUA